UUCAAAUUUGAAAAAAACAAACGACUAUUCAGACCCCACACCACCACCACUCUCAACUUUCUCGGGGGGAAAGAAAUCUCUCGCCACCAAUAAAAAUUCAAAUUAGUAGCUGAAGCGCACCACCAUUCUCACGCUGCACAUAUUCUUCUCCCAAGGUCCCGCAACGAACGAUUCGAUCGAAAGCGAGCCAUGAGUUGUCUCUUUCGUUGCUUCCGCGCCAGAGCCGAGCGAUCUACCAUCGACGACUCCGUCUCUCAACCUCCCGGCCUCAACUCCAACAGAAGCGGCCAUGACUCGACGAAUCGUUUAUCAGCUUUAUUUCUCUCUCAAGAGAAAGCAGAUUCAUCGCCUUGUCAUCAUCACAGUCAAGGAUCUGGUUUGCAUAUUCACAAAGAUCUCCAGUAUGAGGCUCAGCUUCUCAAAACUUGCAGCGCAGCAACAGCCACACCGAUUGAAAUUAGGAAGACAUCCGAAGAACUGGAAACUCCUCAACGUGGAAAACAGUUUACAUCUUCCCAAUUUCAUUCCUGGAUCUCUGAUGCAGUCUUUCACUUGGAUGAAGCAAAAACAGAUGAACCCUGUGGAGAGUUUUCUGAGCAAACUCCUAGCAGUUGCAUGACCGAUGCCCGAAACAGUGCAAGGAUCUCCACUGGGUAUAGUGAUGCUGGUGAAGAAAGCAUUGGUACUGAGUUUAGAGAUGGCCUGGUGGAUAGAUCCAGCAAGGCGCCAGUCACAGAUGGAAACAUUACAGGAAAGAAGGAACCAGUGAGGUUUGAAUGUGACUUUGAUCGAUCUUACUCUUUUAGUUCUUCCAAGAACAGCAUUUCAAAGAUACCAGAGAAGGCUGGAAAGACCUCAUUGAAGCUAUCUGAUGAGAUUCAAACUCCUGGAACCAUGAUUCCUGCAAAUAUGGAAUCAGCAGCAAGAGGGAGAGCAAGAACCAGGUCGCAGCGUGUGCAUUCACCUUCCAAUCUCAUUGCAAACGCCUCCAUAUGCAAUCUCCCUGAAGAUUCAGAUGAAAUCCAAGAACACACUAAAGUGCAGGCUUGCAAAGAGAAGAAAGAAACUGAAUCUCUCUUAUCAGUAACUUGCGAGGGAAAGUUGGAAGAGAGUUCAGAGAAGAGUGAACAAAACAUGACGGAUGUAUCAACCAUAACUUAUGGGGACAGGCCUAUCAUUGGAACUGCUGCUGCUCACUGGAACGAGAAAGAGCAGUCUCAAAUCUCACCCAAAUGGUGGGAUGGUAAUGGGAUACCAAACUCUACAAACAAGUACAAAGAGGAUCAGAAAGUGAGAUGGCACGCAACAUCAUUCGAGGAGAGAUUGGAGAAAGCACUUUCAGAAGAAGGUGGUCACUGUUUCAUCCCAUCACGAAAACUUGAAGUAAUGGAAGAUGCGGAAAGGGACACAGCUAUGUCACAGCUGCAUCAUCCAGCGCAAUCCACAUCAAUCGUUUCCUUCUGAUCAUUGAGUAUUGUUGAGACAAUAUUGGCUUUCGUACAGAAUGGUUAUCAUGAGUUCAUGACUCAUGAGCAAUAUGAUACGUAGAAGAAUCUAUAUAGCAAACUAUACACGACGGUUCAUGGUUUCAUAAAAACUUUAUAUUGCAAGUCCUGAAUCUAUUUUAGAUUUUUUUUUAUAAUAUUCAUUAUCUAGUGAUU